AUGUGUCCACAACUCCCGUCCCGGGACUUGCUCGAGGACAAGGACGCGCUGAACAGGUGGAUCCACGAGUUCGCCCACGCCGCGUCGAUGGACGUCAAACACAGCAAUAACUGGAAUUGCCAGUUCUGUGGUCUCCCAGCAAGGGAAACCAACUGUUACUCGAUGUCGUAUCCCCACCUCGACCCUCCCAAGAUGACCGUCUACAUCCGUUUCAUGUGCAACCAGGAGAACCCCCCGUGUAAGCUGGGGUUGGAGAUGACCAGCCGCAUGAUGACUGUCGCCUCCGGCCACACACGGCCCCCAGCCAACCCGUUCCGCGUGCGCCCGGGACCCCCGCCUAAGGGCCGGUUCCCGCUCGCUGCGAGCUGCUGCUAUUGCAAGGCGGAGAUGACCACCGCGAUGAACCUGAGGCGGUGUGCAGGGUGUAAGCUCACCAGGUAUUGCGGGUGA